ACGAUUAUCUUUGUUGAUUUUUUUAUAAAUGUCCUGCAUUUUAAGAAGCCAAUAUUACGAAAUGUCGAGGCAACAACUGGAAAAUGAUAUAUUCCUUAUCGGAAUAACAUCAGAUCACAUUUCCGGAAACCAAUUACCAAGCAAGCAGCAACUCUUACAAGUAUUGUUAUAUAAUAUUAAAACACUGAAGAAAUCUGUAAUAGAAAGUUUUAAAAUAGUAAUUGAUGAACUCCUAAUUUUUUGGAAAAAAGCUGAUAUUCCCACUAGUCAGCAUCACCGAUGUUCUCAAAAAUUGGAUAAUUUAUAUUGUAACGAGGAACAACGUCCCUCGCCACGCCGGUAAUCGAGGCAGAAUAGAGUGUGACGAAAUAAGGCGGCAUUAGCUCGACGUACAGAGCGCGCGCCCAGAGAUCUCGGGAGCGCCGGAUCGAUUCUCGGUCCCGGCGUCUCCUUUUGUGAUUUUAUCCACUCACGUCAAAGUCUCACCCCGUUACAAUAUUCAGUUUAUCUCAAAAUAGUCAAAAAUAAACAUUUAGUUUCAAAUAAGAAGAAAGAAGAUUGUUUUUCGAAUCAAUUAAAAACGUUAUUUGAUAUUGCUCAUGGCGAUGCAUCGAAGAUGAUCGAUGGACCAAGAAAAACAUUUUUACUUGAUCAACGAUCUGGUAGACUGCAAAAUUUAAACAGUUCAUCUGAUGCUGAAAUUAAAAAGCACUCUAACGAGACACAAGAUCAAUCAUCUUCAAGUUUAGAAACACAUAAUUCGACUCGAGAAGAGGAUAUGCAUUCGUCAGAUCCAGGAGUCCCAUCUUUUAACUUGCAUCCCGAAAUUUUUUAUCACAAUAACGGUGAAAAUGAUAUUCAUAAUGCUAAUCAAAACCACGAAGACAAUCCUGUAAACAUAUCACAAGAAUCACGACCAUCUUUCGAUCAAGCCAUUUCUUACAAUCUUCCGAAGAAACUAUUAUUUUGUCUCAACAAAGUACUGGCUCACAUUAUAAUCUCAGAGGUCGAAACUAUGAAUCGAGACAAAUUAGAGCACAGAUUAAUGUGAUGACUGAAAGAGUAGUCUCAGUAUUAGAUAACUGUAGAAUUUCAUACAGAAACUGUGCAUUUAAUAAGCGCUGUAGCCGAAGCCUUAAAUUAUAACACUGAUGAUUUAAUUUUAAAUAAAUCUUCCUACAAUAGAUAUCGAACUAUUAUUCGCAAAGAAAAAGCAGAAAAGAUUAAAAAGUUUUAUGGCAAUACAGAAAUAAAUGCUGAAGUUCUUCAUUGGGACGAAAAAAUUAUUCCAGAUUCGAUAAUUGGUAAAAAUAUUGACAGAUUACCAAUUGUUGUGACUAAUGGUAAAAGUGAGAAAAUUAUAGAUAUACCAGCAUUACCAGACGGUAAAGGUGUAACGCAAGCCGACGCAAUUUACAGGGCUCUAAAUGACUGGGGUUUAAAAAAAUCAAUUAAAGCGUUAUGUUGUGAUACAACUAAUUCUAAUUUAGGUUACCGUAAUGGCGCAGCAGUUAUUUUAGAGCAAUAUUUAGAUCAUGAUCUACUUUACUUACCUUGUCGUCACUACAUAUACGAAAUUAUUUUAGCUGGUGUAUUUGCUGAAAAACUACCUGGUACAAACGGACCAAACGUACCAUUAUUCAAAAGAUUUCACGAUAGUUGGAACAAUAUUGAUCAAAGUCAAUACGAAAGUGGACUACAUGAUAUCAAUCACCCACAAUUACUUGAACAAAUCGCUUGAAUAAAAGCUUUUAUACAAAAAUCGUUAAACUCUCAAUGACCUCGUGAUGAUUAUAAGGAGCUGCUUGAAUUAAGUCAAAUAUUUCUGGAAUGUGUACCACGUAAUAAGGUGAAAUUUAGAAUACCUGGAGCAUUUCAUCAUACACGUUGGAUGGCCAAAGCCUCAAUUCACUCAAAAUUUACAUGUUUCGCAGAUCGUAUUCUUUGACACCUAAAGAAAGAAAAGGUCUUUUUGACAUA